GUCGGACGCCGUCCUGUUUUGCUAGUCCAUGUCUGGUGACGGAGAUUAAAGGCAAUAGCUGCGGGACUCUGUCAGUUUAGUUGAAUAAAUGCUGUGGUGCACGGAGGCCCCGCACGCGCACAAUCAGAAUGUCCCAUUAUACAGAUGAGCCUCGUUUUACCAUUGAGCAAAUCGACUUGCUGCAGCGGCUACGUAGAAGUGGGAUGACAAAGCAAGAGAUCUUGCAUGCCCUGGACACCCUUGAACGGCUGGACCGCGAGCAUGUCGAGAAGUUUGGGCACAGACAUGCCCAUGGUGGAAAUGGGGGCGGGGCCACUACCAUCGGCAACGGCAACAACGCGACCAUCUCUUCCGACUCCUGCACUAUCUCCUCAAAUAACCUCUCAGCCUCAUUUUCGAAGACCUCUACAGCCACACAGACAGGUUUCCGUGGCAACGGCCUCUCCCCAUCCCCUAUCAACAGCUAUCCCUCUCCGCCCCCUACAUUCCCUGCCCCCUUGCCUAUAGUAGCUGCAAUGGUGCAAAAUGGGCAGGACGGCCUCGCUUCUAUGCCCAAUGGGAAGCUCUCUCCACCCCGUUACGCUGUUAGCAACGCCUCUUUGCGGACCUUCGGGUUCGAGCCCCCUGACGAGGAGAUGGACAUCGACGAUAAAGUCGAGGAGCUUAUGAGAAUGGACAGUGCUAUAAUUAAAGAAGAGAUUAAAGCUUUCUUGGGGAACCGGCGGAUAUCACAAGCAGUAGUUGCCCAAGUUACAGGUAUCAGUCAGAGCCGGAUCUCUCAUUGGCUGCUUCAGCAGGGCUCAGAUCUCAGCGAGCAGAAGAAAAGAGCCUUCUACCGCUGGUACCAACUGGAGAAAACGACCCCCGGUGCAACACUAGCAAUGCGGCCCACACCGAUGGCCCUGGAGGACAUUGUAGAGUGGCAACAGACUCCCCCUCCCAUUAGCAGCACCCCGGGCAGCUUCCGUCUGCGGCGCGGCAGCCGCUUCACCUGGAGGAAAGAAUGUCUGGCAGUGAUGGAGAGUUAUUUCAAUGACAACCAGUAUCCUGAUGAAGCCAAACGUGAGGAAAUUGCCAAUGCCUGCAAUGCAGUUAUACAAAAACCAGGGAAGAAGCUGUCAGAUCUUGAGAGGGUCACGUCACUGAAAGUUUACAACUGGUUUGCCAACAGACGGAAGGAAAUUAAGAGAAGAGCCAACAUAGAAGCAGCAAUCCUGGAGAGUCAUGGGAUUGAUGUCCAAAGCCCGGGAGGUCAUUCCAACAGUGAUGAGAUUGACGGCAAUGACUACAGUGAGCAAGUACCUGCCGACCAAGCGUUGGGAAUGAGAGCAGUGGCCAGAACGUUUGGUUUCUGCAGAGGUGACCUGUCAUCCACCAUUCAGGAUGACACGACCGGCCCAAGUGAACACCAGGACCCCAUCGCUCUGGCUGUGGAGAUGGCCGCUGUCAAUCACAGCAUCCUGGCGCUAGCACGGCAGGGCGGAGCCGCCAGUAACAUUAAAACAGAGGUGCUGGAUGACGAAUGAGUAUCCAUCGUGGUGGAGCAUGGAGGGAAUCCGAAGGAGAAAUGUGGGGUUACGAAAAUAAAGCCAAACAGUUUGUGAACUGAGAUUACAGAGGAAUAUUGCCAGGUCACAUGACCAAUGUGAAUGCAGUGGUUAACCCAACAUUCCCCCUUUCCACAUCCCUCCUAUAUGUGACUCUCUCAAUAGUCGUCAUUAAAGGGAUAGUUUUCCCAGAAAUGAAAAUACUGUCAUCAUCUGCUCACAAAAAGGAAAUACAGAAGAUACAGAAUUUAAAGAGAGAAAGUCAUAUGGGUUUGGAACAACGUGAGGGAGAUUAUAUGUUGACAUAAUUUUAAUUUUUGGAUGGACUAUCCCUUUAACACAGUUCUCACACAGAGUUUGGGGGAGAAGCUGCAUUUAAAGGUGCUGUAAUUGAUCUUAGCCAUUCUGGAACUUCCACCAAACUAGCUGUUUAAUUAGCUUGCCCUGUUUCUUGGGAGCAGGACACUGUACCGCCACUUAUAUGAGCAUAUUUGGGCUGCCCAGUGUCUUCUGAUUGGCGAAACAAACUGACUGCAGCCUAGGGCGGGUGUGUUAUUUCAUGGGUCCUAUUUCAGUGAUAUCUGACAGGUAAUAGAUAUGUUUUCUGCAUGUCAUUUAAUUUUUUUUAAAUCACUUACAGCACCUUUUAAACUGUUGAUGAAACAUGUUCACUACAAACUCUGUGCAUAUACC